CCAUCAAGAUCAAGAUCAAGACCAGCCAGUAGGGAACUGGAAGAACAAGACACUUGGCAGUUGGCAGGGGAAGAACAGGCAAUUCGAAUUACAUGGAAGGAACGGGGAAAAGGAAACGGCAAGGGUUGUAAACGUUACAAAUUUUGAUACGAUGCCGACAAAAAGACCACAUAUGCCCGGACAAAAUAUGUUAUCUAGCAAAUUAUGUGGAAAAAGUGUUGUAUAUAUUAAAGUAGCAGAAGAGGACAGGCCUAUGAAGCGAUAUAAACUUGAUUCAAAAGCAGAGCACUUUACUAUUGGAUGCUUUGAAUCUAAUUCUGAUGGCAUAUUCUGAAUUGAUCUGAACAGGACUUGUACGAUCUCUGAUUAUUUUACCUGUGUGUUGAAGGUUGGCACAGCCAAGAACCACAAGAUGCGUACAGUUAAGGUGACUCAGGACGUGCCUGCCAAUGCCCUUGCCUUGGAUCCUUAUGACACACAGGUGGUCAUUGCAGGCAGACAUGUUUUCAAGAUCUUUGCCUUGGAGGAAGAUGGUUUGGUGGAACGAGCCAAUCUGAGGGCUGGAAAACAUCUCAACCUCAACUUUUCAUGCAAUGAUGUUGUGUGGAACCCCUUGGAGGAUGCAGUGUUGGCAACAGCUUCCACCAAUGGUGCAGUAGUCACCUGGAACCUCAACAAAGCCUCACGCUCCAAGUUGGACUGUGUAUUCAAUGACCACAGCCGCACAGUGCAGAAGGUUAGCUUUCAUCCCUCUGAAGCUCACCUUCUCAUAUCUGGCUCCCUUGAUGGAUUCAUGAAGCUGUUUGACCUCCGACGGAGGGAGGCCACCCAGACCUACACCAGUAAUGCAGAGAGUGUGAGGGACUUGCAGUUCAACCCACACCACAGCAUUCACUUUUGUGCCGUCUCUGAGAGUGGCAAUGUGCAGUUGUGGGACAUGCGCCGUCCAGACCGUGUGGAGAAACAGUUCACUGCUCAUGGUGGACCCAUUUUUGCCCUGGACUGGCACCCAGAAGUCAAAACCUGGAUUGCUACGGCUGGACGGGACAAAACUAUUAAGGUAUGGGAUCUGAAUGAGAAUCCAACUGUCUGCAACACCAUCCAGACCAUUGCUUCAGUGGGUCGUGUCAAGUGGAGGCCAAACACCAGAUACCAUAUUGCAAGCUCAGCCUUGUUGUGGGACUGCAGCAUCAAUGUGUGGGACAUCCGUCGUCCUUACAUCCCACUGGCUGCUUUCAAUGAGCACAAAAACCUUACCACAGGCAUCUGCUGGCGUUCAGAGGCCAAUAGACUACUCUCUGUGGGCAAGGACUGCACACUGAUCCACCAUGCCUUCCAAGAUGCUUCUCGUCCCAUGGAGGAGGUCAACCCAAGUGCCCUUGACAUCAGUGUCUUUGGCAAUAUUUCAAAUGCUGCUCGCAACAAGGAUGAGUCAGAACCAGUGGGCAGCCUGGCCAAGCUGAUGCCAGUUUUCAGGAGAACCGUUUCCCAUGCUGAGCACAGUGGACAGGUAUUGUCCUCACUGCAGCUGAUGAGUCCUGCUGAUGAUGGGCCAAUCUCCUCCCAUUACAUAGUCCAGUCUGCACAUCAGUACCUUCUGACUGGCCGCUCCCUUGCUGAAAUCUGUGAACACAAUGCAGGUGUGGCCAAGCAGCUCAGCAGGCACCAGGUGGCUCUGACUUGGCAAAUGAUGCAGAUGCUCUAUGUGGGUGCCAGUGGGGGAAGUGACCAUCCCACCACCACCAGGGAUGACCCUUCUCUGCCCCCAGACACCAAUCCUGACACAGAAACCAGGACUGCACGCCACUUCUCUGGUGGUGAUGGUGGUGGUGACACUUCAGGGGGUGGAGGCUUCAGUGCUGAAGAAGGUGACACAGAGACAGAUGACACAGAUAACCAUGACAUGAAGCUGACCAACAUUGCCAGUGGUCUCACCAUCAACCAGGACUUCUUCUUUGGGGAUGGUGAAAUCAGCCAGAUCCCUUUUGAUUAUGAGCAUCUCAAUAACACAGACACCAGCCAGGACUGGACUCUGCCCAAUGAGGCCUUUGAGCCACGCCAUGACAUCCUUACUCGUUCAGCUAUGCCACCUCAGGAGUUCUCUUCCAAGUGUUUGUCUGGGGAGAUGCAGGACAGUGGUGGAGGAGAAAGUGGGAGAGGUGGUGGAGUGUCAGGUUAUGUGGUAGAAGCUCCAUCCCUGUUGAAUGUGGUGCGGGGAGUGAAGAUGCCGGCUUGGGACUGUGGCCAGCUGGUGGUGGAGAUGCUGUAUCAUUAUGCCAGUCAAGGAGAUGUGCAGAUGGCUGUCACCUGUAUUAUUGUUCUUGGAGACAGGCUCAAGGGACUUCUUGAUGCUGACCAGGUGGAACACUGGUUCCUCUCCUACAUCGAUCUGUUGCAGCGAUUCCAGCUGUGGAAUGUUGCCAAUCAAGUUAUUCAGCUGGCUGCUGGGCUGCCAUCAGUGCAGCAACUCAACCAACAGUCUACUGUAGUCACACUGCAGUGUGGCCGCUGCAACUACAGUUUAGGCAAGAACAGCUUGUUGUGCCGUAAGUGUGGAUGUGUAUCAGCCCGCUGUGCCCUGUGCCACGGUCUGGUGCGUGGACUGUUUGUGUGGUGUCAAGGCUGCUCUCAUGGUGGCCACCUCCAUCACAUCAAGGAUUGGAUGGCCAGCAACCGGGCAUGUCCAGCUGGCUGUGGUCACCUCUGUGAAUACACCUAGUGAAGCUUCACUUGACUGAAUUUCCUAUAAAAAUCUGUGACAGAAUGUAAAGCUAUUUGAGGAUUUUUGAAUAAAGACUUUUAAUGAGACUAAAUUUCCUACCUUCAAUUUUAGAGUCUUUCUCAGAUUAAAUUUACCUGUGCUGUGUAUCUUUCAUUUAACUUCUCUAACAAUACAAAAUUCUGCAAUUAUUUAACCUACUAAGUGGAGCACAUCAUGCCUUACUUUAAUUUUACAGAAAUCUUCAUUCUUAGGGACUUCAAAAUUUAUUGGCAGCUUUGGCUUUAUUUCCCUUCACUGACCAACAUAGUGAACUUUGCAGUUCUCCACAACCUGGAGCAACUAGUGCAGCACACUGUCCAUCUUGGAUCCAUCUUAUAGACAUGCCCAACAUUCUUGACAUUUUCCUAAUAUUUAAUCCUGGGUAUUCUGUAACUUUCAUCUCUGUUGAGCUCCUCUGAUCUUAACCUCAUUUUUGUAUUUUAUGAAGCGAAGGUCAUAGAAUAAACAAAAAUAUGGGUCCAUUAAGGGAAAGCCCAAACAAAGUCCUCAAGAUUUCAGCUUCCACAACGUUAGGUAUUCAGUUACAUCUCUGCCAGUUUUUUCUGUUACUCCAGGUGCUAACUUUAUACAGGGGCCUUAUCCACUUGUAUGGAAUACUGUUCCAAUAUAUGAAAUAGGAGACAGUUCCACUCUCACAGCUUCAUGAAACAAAAAGUUUUUCAUCUCAUCAAAUCCUCUCUAAUCUCUCACACUCUGCCUAUCCUCCAUGAUACUUCUAAAGUUAUUGCUCUUAUAAACAUCUUACAUGCAUGCCUUUCCCACUCACAGUCUUGCUGCACAAGAUUUUCUAUUUACUUUCAUCCCUAUUCAUUUUACCUUAUCAAGAGUUAAGAAGUGUCUAUGCAAACUUUUUUUUUUUUUUUUUUUUUUUAAACCUUGGUCAUCAUCCACAUUUACAUGUAAAAAUCACUUAUGCUGUAGAGCAAAAUCUAACAGAGCCUGAAGCUGGAUCAUUAUAAUAAUAAUAAUAAGCUUAUACAGAUUAAAAAGAUUUGUAUAUUGUUGGAAUACAAUAAAUAUCUAAGCACAAACAAACAAAUAAAUUGAUUAAUCAAUUAAUAAAUAAUGAGUAAACAAGAAAUAUACACAACAAAUAAAUAAUCAAUAGGUCUGGUAAAAAAGUAGAGGAAAUAUUUGCUUUGCUUAUUGUGUUUUGUGAGUAAUUACGUACACCACUACAUUGCCAGCAUGAGACUCAUGGACUAUGUAUGUCUGAAUGAAAACAACACAAAGCUGGGUAAAUGUCUCCCUCUAUGGUGGCAGCAAGACUUGAGCAGGAAAUCACCUCAUAAUGAAUACUUGGAACUGCCUCACCUAACCUUUGGUGAAGCAUGUACAGUCAUUGUCAGAAGUAGUGUAACUGCACUGCCUUCCUUUGUGUUUAGGGUUUUCCAUUGACCAUAAAUUCUCCAAUCUGCUAAAAAUCUACUUAAGGUCAGGUUAAGUAUGAAAAUUGAGCAGAUUAAAGAACUUAAGAUUGAGGAAAAAUGCUAAAGGUAAUGGAAAUUAGUGGGGAAGGUUAUUUGACUUCUGAUGAUGAUAGAACAUUAAUCCUCCACCAUUGUUCAUCACUGCAAAUAGUGGUAAAUUAGAGAUGCAGCAUUAGUCUGUAGCAAGGAGAGGGUCUGUUAGUGACUACAGACAAAUACAAUUAUAUACAUGGGAUUUUGAAGUAAAGAUGGUAACAGAUUUAAUCUGCAACAGUGAGGCAAUGAGGUAUUUUGAAGGCCAUGUAUGUACAGUUGUCCCAGGUGUGAUGUUAUGAAUUUCAGUGAAUUUCAUACAUGUAAAUCAAAUAAAUUUAAGUGAAUUUCAUAUCCAUAAAUCAAAUAAAGAUUAAUAUAUGGAUCAAUGAGCUGCUUUAUAUCAAGAACUGCAAAGAUCAAGAAUAAAUAGAGGAUGCUAUAGUAGAGGUUAAUCAUCAGUGAGUGUUUUUAUCAGAAACAUUUUGUUGCAUAUGACAUCACUUCUUUGGACAACUGUACACCAUUGGCAAGGGAUAACUACUUAGAAACUCUUAAGAAAUACAUACAUACAUAACUCACAAAAUAUAAAAUGGAUGCUACAAAGUACAAAAAAAAUGCAUAAUUUUACUCAUCAUCUGACAAUCAAUUAGACCUCAUUAAAGCUAUGGUUACAAUUAAAUGAGCUUAUUGAACUAUGUUAACAAUGACAUGAUUCCUCUAUUAUAGGUUCUGUCCCAAGCAGCUCCCUCUAAUAGCUCUCCUUAAGAUUAAUUUCUUUGUUUUUUUAGCAUAAGAUAUUAUUUCAGUUAUUCAUCUUUACAUUUCUUUUGACUUAACUAAACACUAAAUGAAGUAAUAGAAGAGAUAGAAAGGAUCUGUUAGUGGAACUCAUCAGUACAGAAGAUUAAUCUCUAUAAAAAGAAAUGACAUUUAAAAUAAAUAAAUGAAUAAAUAAUCAAAUGAAUAAAUAAAUAUGUAUGUGAAUAAGACUACUGUACAGCAAUUUCAAACAAAAUAUACUGCUUUGAUUUU